UGAAUCAUGGCAUCUACACCUGAAGAAAACGAGAAAGAGAAGGCCCGCUCUGUGUCUGUGGACCUGAACAGUGAUGCCUCUCUGCUCAUCGAUAUUCCUGACGCCCUGUGCGAGCGUGACAAGGUCAAGUUCACCGUCCACACCAAGACGACCCUGGGAACGUUCCAGAAGCAGGACUUCUCCGUGCCGCGGCAGCACGAGGACUUCAUCUGGCUCCACGACACGCUGGUGGAGACGGAGGAGUACGCUGGCCUCAUCAUCCCUCCGGCCCCCCCCAGGCCAGACUUCGAGAGCCCCCGGGAGAAGAUGCACAAGCUGGGGGAGGGCGAGGCCUCCAUGACCAAGGAGGAGUACACCAAGAUGAAGCAGGAACUGGAAGCCGAGUACCUGGCCGUGUUUAAGAAGACGGUUCAGGUGCACGAGAUCUUCCUCCAGCGCCUGUCCUCGCACCCCAUCCUGAGCACAGACCGGAACUUCCAGAUCUUCCUGGAGUACGACCAGGACCUGACUGUGCGGAGGAAGAACGCCAAGGAGAUGUUUGGAGGCUUCUUCAGGAACAUGGUGAAGACCGCCGACGAGGUCAUCAUCUCUGGGAUAAAGGAAGUUGAUGAAUUCUUUGACCAGGAGAAAACCUUCCUGCUCGAUUACUACAGCAAGAUCAAGGACUCCACAGCCAAAGCUGAGAAAAUGACCCGCUGCCAUAAAAAUGUGGCGGAUGACUACAUCCACGUCUCUGCAACGCUGAACAGCCUGUCUGCUGACGACGACACGGCUCUCAAACCGCAUCUGGAGAAGCUGGCAGACCUCUUUGAGAAGCUCAGGAAGGUGGAGGGCAGGGUUGCGUCGGACCAGGAGCUGAAGCUGACGGAGCUGCUCAGAUACUACAUGAGGGACAUCCAGGCGGCCAAGGACCUCUUAUACAGGCGCGCACGUGCCCUGGCGGACUACGAGAACGCGAACAAGGCCUUGGACAAGGCGCGGCUCAAGGGCAAAGACAUCGCCCAGGCCGAGGACUUCCAGCAGCAGUGCCUGCAGAAGUUCAACAAGCUCUCCGAGUCCGGCAAGAAAGAGCUCACCAGCUUCAAGGGAAGGAGAGUGGUGGCUUUCCGGAAGAAUCUAAUGGAGCUGGCCGAACUGGAGAUCAAACAUGCCAAGAACAACGUGUCCCUGCUGCACGCCAGCAUCGAGCUGCUGAAGACCAACUGAUGCCAGUCAUGUGAUCAGUCACAUGACCUGCCUUACUCCUCACCACGGGGUCACAUCACCAGCCCAAAAACCUGCAACCUCCCCCCCCCCCCCCCCCUUUUUUUUUCACCCAUUUAAUCCCAGACUGCGCUGGAGUUAAACCGGCCCUGCCCCGGCCCAGAAGCGCUAAUCACAGUCUGAAUGCCCAUGUUAUUUCACUAAGAAUUUCAACAGUACACCUUUCCGGUCCUUUUCAUUUCUGGCCUUGCAGCAUUCAUGUUGAGAAUCUGAACACGUGAGUGUUUGCGUUCAGGGCCUUCCCCACCCAAGACCCUCGGCUUCUCCUCUGUCGCUGUGAGAUGGCGGGUUUGGCUCGCCCGCCAGCCCGUCUGUGCCCUGCUGCCUCCAGGUUUGGGUCUGAGAGGAGCGUCCUGCUUCUCUGUGCCUGUGCCUGGGCUUCUCUUUUACUCAGAACCGACCUCUUGGAAAAACGGGCCUGUUUUCCGGUCCUCAGUGGGGGUGGUGUUGGGUGUUAAUUGUGAGGUCAGGGGGUGGGGGUGGUGUUGGGUGU